GGUGAAAACAGCCUCAAUUGGGACCAGGCAUGCUCGACUCUCUCUGAGAUGUAGACGGCGCUGCGAUGGCAUGCGCAAUCAGAAGCAGAAAAUAACUACGCUUUGUCCCGAAUGUAUUGGUGUUCGAGAAAUCGUAUCAAACUGAAAUUAAAGGGUUAUUUUAUUAACACAGUUAUCCAAUGUCGUUGCAAUGUCUAGUCGAAAGAGGCACAAUGAAUCAAAAGACGAUGUGGAAAAACUCAAGAAACAAGCGACAAAAACUGAACCAAGAAGUGCAAAAGCUGAAUCAUGUGAAGACUUAUGAAAAACCUCCUGGAUUCAGUAAGGAAGACUACAAACCAGAGGACUGUAUUCCUGCUGAUCCAGGAAAUGAGGAUGGUAGAGACUUCCUGGCUCAGGCCCACACCAAGGGGCUGUGGAUGCCUCAGGGGAAGGGGGUGAAAGUGAUGCAGUGUUGGAGAUGCAGCGUUAUGGACACAGGACGGGGGACCGAGAGUGUCCCUUCUUCAUCAAUGGAAACCAGAACCUGGAGCAGUUCAGAGUGGAUCCAGCAGCUGCAGCAGCUCCUGCAGGAUGCUACCUCUUCCUCUGACAGCUCCUCCUCCUCCAGUGAGAGCAAGAAGAGGAAAUAGAAGAAAAAGAAACACCACAAGUUCUCCAAAACCAGUGACUGUUCUGAGUCUGACUGAGCUGUUGGAACCUUACUGGAUUGUUCUUGCAGGGAGAGGUGACUACACUACACUGCAGUGUCUGUCAGUCAGUGAGCGGCUACGGUGGUUCUUACCCAAUGGCUCAGUGUCGCUUCAAUGGUGCACUAUGAAGUGCACACUAGAUGACCCUCUUUGGUUCAGCCUUCCCCUCUGCCUUCCUUCCCUCCACCUUCAAAUAAUGCUUGACUUGUACCAUCCCUCAUAUGGUUAAUGAGUUCAUUAGUCCUCUACUCCAUUAGAUCAUACCGAAUAGGAUCCUAUGGACGUGCAGUGGUGAUUGUGAAUGUAGGGCCCCUCAGGAGAGGAACUCUAACAGCAUUGGUAACGACAUGUUAUUUGUCACAUGCGCUGAAUAAAAUGGGUGUAGACCUUCCAGUGAAA